AUUAAUUAUAAUACUAUUUAUUGGGAAUAGUUCUGUGAAUGCGUAAAAAUCAGAUCGAAAUCAUGAAUAAAUUAAGAUUGUAUAUUUUGGUGUUAUGCUCAGUUAUUGUUCAGGUUACAGCAAACUGCGAAACACCUCUAGAAAUAAGAGGAGUAGAAGAUUACUGUUGGUCUACUAGAGUGGAAAUGCGCGAGAAAAUUCAUGAAGUAGAAGUGAAAGCAGCUAAUUUCGCUCGUAAAAAGCUAGGGAUGGACGUUAACGAACCCAAAGUUCCACAAAAAUGUGACUAUUACUAUUGUGUGUUCCAAGAACUUAAGCUGUUGAAUCCUCAGUAUGAUGUUCCUUGCAUAGAUAGAACAUCAACUUGGGUAAAGAAGAAUGUGGUUUAUAACGAAGCCCUUGAGUUAUUGGAAAGAAUAAAAAUGUGUACGGGGGAGUUAGCGAAUGUUACAAUGUCCGGAAAUGGUUUCUAUUUCUAUGCCGACAAUGUCGAUAAACCACAAGCCGAUAAAAUAUUAGAAAAUCCUGGAGAAGAACAAUCGAAAUGUGACAUAUCUAAGGAAUACAUGAAAUGUUUAGCAGCGGCUGAGAAAGAUCAUGAUUGUCCUAUUUUUAUAUAUCCUUGAUAAUUAAGUAAGCAUGGCAUAGUAUUAAUAGAAAGAUAGAGGAAUUAGAUUGGAAUCACUGUUAUUAGUCAUUAAUUAACAUGUAAGAUAAGAUAAUAAAUGUGUGAAAUGGCAAAUAAAAUGAUUUUAUCUCUAGA